UGUUCAAUUUGGUUGACAGAAUCACUGAGUAACCAGGACCAGCAAAUCUGCAGUUGCUUGGAAGACAAGUUGCAUAUCUAUGCAGAACUAGUAGAUAUGAGUGGAUUUGAAGAUGUUCAUGUAGAACCUCACCUCCUUAUCAAACCUGAUUAUGGAGAAACUCCACAGGCUGCUUCGUUGCUGGUAGCAGCACUUAAAGAAGUUGAAAGUCUCCACGUUGCUGUCAUGUCAUCACAAGUGAAUGAAACGGACAGAUUAUCAGAGGAAAGUACAGAGGAAUUAAGUUUGAAGCACAGACUUAGUGCCAGUGAAAUCUUGGAAUCUUUCCCUAAUGAUGCAGAAAUGAAGGAAGUUGAAGAAUCAUCUGAAGUUGAUCUCAGUGCUUGCCCUGUUGAAAAGGAAAUUUCUGAUGCCAGUGUAGACUAUAAGGUAUUGUAACUGAUUUUUCUUUCAUGUUGCACUUAUCUCUCUGGGCAAUGGGAAUGUAAGAGCAGUACAGAUUUUUAUGGAAUAUCUGAAGAUUAUUCUAAAAUCUAAAGUAUGGGAUAGGCACAUUUCAUCAAAGUCCAGAUAAUUCAGUUUAGGAGAAUUCACUGUAAUUAACAAUGAAUUUAUAAAAACAUAAAAACAAAACAAAACAAAAAACAUAAGAACCAUAAUAAAUUCAAGCACAGAUCAAUUUUCCUACUAGGCUUAUAGAGCAAUGAGUGUGGUGACAGCCACAGUGCUUUUCUGUGGGCUAUUUAAGAUCCUGGUGCUCUGCUGUCAUCGUUCAAUGCAUCCAUCCCUGUGGAGCUGAUAGUAUUCCCUCUACUCCCUCCUCCUAUUCACAGGAUGAUGAAAGUCUCCUGCAAUGACAGAGACUUCUGCUAAUGCAAGGAAGACAUAUACAUUGGAAGAAUUUCAUCCUGAAAACGAGCAUAUAAAAUAGGAUGGAUUGUCCUAAUGCCAGCUUGCUUCAGAAUUCUGAAUUAAAAUAAAACAGAGCAAUUAGAGAUCAGAAGAGAAACUGCCCAUUUUUCAAAACCCUAUAGUUCUUAAACAAAUCUGAAGAAAAAGCAGAAUCAAAAGUCGGUUCUGAGCAGAAUUAUAAAUGGCAAAUUUAAGGGAGCAGGAAGGAGUGCUAGAGCAAAAGCAACAUGGGUUAAUGUGAAAGUAAAUGGAAGUAUAAUUGUGUAAGGUUUAGAUAGAACCACAAAAGCAGUAAAAGGAAGAGAUAGAGGACAUGAAAAGUUUGCAAGAAAAGGAGAUACAUAGCAUUAGGGUAGUGUCUAUCAGAUCCAAAAGAGGGUGUGUGCCUGAAACUUUGUUUUUUCUAGGUCUUUUGAUACAACUCUAACUAAUAUACUUAUCUUCCUGUAAACCUUGCCUCAUGUUCAGCUUUAUGUCAUCUUGCCUACCCAGACUGCUGUUCUAGAAGAGCAGCAUUAAAAGUGUGCAUGAAAAAAUAGUGGAGUAUGAUUCCAAGUAAGGAGUCACUGAAGUUAAGUUAAAUGAAAUGAAAUAAAAUAACCUAAUGAAUGGUGGUGGUGCCGGGAAGGGUGGGGGAGGGAGGAGGGGCACGUUGGGGGGGCUAAAUCUACAACUUUGAAAAGUUCUGAUAGUCCCAUAUAUUAAAAAUGCCAUUGGAGUUACAGAGAGAACAGAGCCACAUUUUUCUCAGAGAUUCACAGCAACAUGGUGAGUAUAAAAGAUAACAAGUUGAAGCAAGGAAAAUUCUGACUAUGUAAGGAAAAAAGUCACCACAAGAGAAGGGUAAUCAAGCAGAGUCGAGUUGCCCAGAGAGGGUGAGGAAUCUCCAUCUUUGGAUAUUUCCAGGAUUUGACUGGAGAAGGCCUUGAGCAACCUCAUCUAGCUUUCAAGCUAGUUUUGAGCAUCAGUGGAUCUAGAGGGUCUCAAGCAAGCUUUUCCAUCCCAGUUUACUCUUCCGAUCUCGACUGUUUGGGAAGCUGUUGUAUCACAUCUAACCGUGUCAAAAUUAGAUUGACCAGGAGGUGGCAGAGCGAGCAAACAAAACACGAAAGGUUUUCAAAGGCGGGGGAUGUCCUCCAGCCCCUGCCUUCGGAUGCUGUUUGUGCUGCCGUGAGGUUGCGGGAUGGCAGCACUGGGCUUAGGCAGAUAGCAUGGGCGGAGAGCCAGAAAGCCACAGUGAAAGCCUCCAGCUCUGGGGUUAGGUGCAUUAUAUAAUAAGAAGACCGUUCAACAAGCAAUACUUGGGUGCCAAGUGGGUAGAAGUGGUGGGUGGUCUCAUCCCCUGCUCCUGCCUUGCAUCUGCAGUGAUUGCUUGAGGAACACAUGCAGCUUGCACCAGGAUUUGAAUAUCCACGUCUUUGCUGCUUGUUAUUGCUCUUAACAAAGAGGGAAGAGAGGCAGAGAGGUGGUCUUAGCUUUCAACACAGGUUAAACAGCUGAAUACAUGGAUUCUGAGUUACCUAUGCUUAAAGGAUUUGUGCUGAAGUGGUGUGAUACUAUUAUAUCACUAUGUGACUUGGUUAACCCUUCCUUUUGCUCAUACUUACAUUGUAUAAUUGUAAAAUAGUUGAGGUUGGCAGGAACAUCCGGGUCCAUUUGGUCCAACUUCCAUUGAAGCAGGGACACCUAGAGCAGGAUGCCCAUACCUAUAUCCAGACUAUGUCCAGUCCUCAAGUGCUGCCUUUAGGAGACCGUGACAGGUGCUUGAGUUAGCCACUUUCUGCCUCUUAGCCAUGCAAAGCUAGCUGAACCUUUAAUCCUUAUGCACCCCUCCUCUGUUAAAUUAGACAGGCUUUAUGAAAACAAAAAAAGUAUAGAGUUGAUCCCACACCUUUGUUCAGUUUUUGGGUCUUCCUUCAUACAGUCUUCCUCACCUCACUCGCAUCUUCUCCUCGUCUUGCUUCUUCACACUCCUCCUCUUCCCUGCCUGCUGCCCAUCUUAGCAAUCCAGUGCAGGAGGGCCAAAUUACUUUGCAUCUGCCCUGGUACUAUAUAGCAUCCCCAUUAUAUCCUCUGUGUCUGGUGGCAAAGCAAAUUGUUUGGUUCAUUACUUCAAUAGUAAGAGGAGGAGGAGGUGAAGAUAUGGGGACAGAAAUAUGAAGGGAGAUGAUGGAGAAUGAAAGGGCUGGAGGAAAUGUAGCACCUGGUGUUCCCUUUCCUCAACCACAUCUUCAUUGUGUUUUGGGGCUUGGACUUUGUUGUUUUCAUUUCCAGUUAUUGCAGUGAAAUGGAGCAGUUUGCUGUGCUCUGUGAUGGGAAAUGCACUCAGAAGAGAACUUGGGAGAAUCAGAGAAUGAUCAAAUAUUCUCCAAAUCCUCCUCCACUCCUAAAAAAA